AUGGGUCUCGCAGAAAAUGUCUGCUCACUGUUGACAGUGUCUAAUAUCUUCUUGUCUUUCGUUGCCUACAUUAUUUGCAAGGUUAUUUAUCAGAUCAUCUACUAUCGCUUCUUCCACCCACUUUCUGUGUUCCCCGGCCCGUUCUGGGCGUCUGUGACCCGACUUUGGAUUACUUCGCAAAACUUGAAGGAGACUGAAUAUUUGACAUGCUAUGAGCUUUCGAAGAAAUAUGGACCCGUCGUUCGAAUUACCCCCACGUUGCUGCUGGUCAGCGAUCACUCAAAGCUUCCAGAGGUUUAUCAUCGCAAUGCCGACAAGACUGGACAUUAUAUUACAGGUAGCUUCGGCGAAACCGAAAGUCUUUUCAACAUGAGAUCUCAUAAACAGCAUGCUGUAUACAGAAAGCAUGUUGCAGGACCCUAUAGUUUUACAAACAUCAAGAAAAUGGAGCCAUUGAUUGAUGCGCGGAUCAAGGAGUGGAAUACCAAGCUCGACGAAACAUUCGCCAAGUCCGAAGAAGCCUUCGACUUCUCUUGGUGGGCAGUAUUCAUGGCCUACGACAUCAUUAGCGAAAUUGGUUUCGGUGCCCCAUUUGGCUUCAUCGAGAAAGGUGAAGACAUCGGCGGUCUCAUCCAAGGCUUCCACGACGGUCUUUCAGCUUUCGGACUCCUCGCCCGCCUACACCCCUUCACAUCCUGGAUAAAGACCACCUUCCUAAAGAAAUACCUCGUCGCAACACCGGCCGAUGACUCUGGAAUCGGCGUUCUCAUGCGCUUCCGCGACCGUCUCAUCAACCAACGCCUCGAAGAUCUGAAGUCCGACAAGAAAAAGCAGGUUGACCUUCUUCAAAUGCUCCUAGAAGCCCGCACAGACGAAGAUAAACCCCUGGACGUCGAGUACAUCCGGGCUGAGGUACUUCUAGUCCUCCUCGCGGGAGCUGACACAACCGGUACAGCCUUCCAAGCUAUGAUCCAGUUCUUGCUUGAAAACCCCAAGGCAUACGAGCGCAUGAUGGAGGAAAUCGAUAACGCUGUUCGCAAGGGACUGGUAUCCUCCAUGCCGCAGUAUGAUGAGGUAUUAGAGCAUUUGCCUUUCUAUGUUGGUUGUGUGAAAGAGACUAUGCGGCUUUGUCCUUCAGCGCCGAAUAUCUUUCCCAGAUAUGUGUCUGAGCCUGGGCUGGACCUUUACGGGAAGUUUGCGCCAGCAGGCACGGAAAUCUCUUGUAAUCCUUAUCUUGUGCACCGGGACCCGAAGCUGUAUGGGGAGGAUGCGGAGUAUUUCAGACCUGAGAGAUGGUUGGAUACGGAGAGAGCGAAGCUUUACAAUAAGUAUAAUAUGGCGUUUGGGUAUGGAUCUAGAGUUUGUUUAGGGAGGGAUAUUGCUAUGAUGGAGUUGUUCAAGGGUCCUUUGCAGUUCUUCCGCUCUUAUAAGCUUGAGUCUGUCAAGGAAAAGCCCGAGGCCAAGUUUGUGGUCAAGGGUGGUGUCGGGUACUGGAGGGAUCUGUGGUUGAGUAUUUCGAAGCGACCGCAGGUUCAAGUGGAAUGA